AUCGCACAGUAGCUGAAAUUGAGAAAGAGAUUAUAGAAGCUUUUGAGGUGUUUGACCAUGAAUGCAAUAGAACUGUGGAUGUCAGAGAGAUUGGGUCAAUUGUCAGGUCGCUGGGUUGCUUCCCUACUGAGGCAGAACUACAUGAACUGCUUGCAAAGGUAGAAGAAGAAGAACCGACUGGAUACAUUCAUCUGGAAAAAUUUCUUCCAGUGAUGACAAAAGUACUACUCGACAGAAGCUACCGGCCUAUUCCAGAAGAUGUUCUUCUACAUGCAUUUGAGGCUUUGGAUGAGAAUAAACGUGGAUAUAUUACUAAAGACGAGCUGGUCAAAUAUUUGACUGAAGAAGGUGAGCCCUUUACUGAGGAAGAAAUGGAGGACAUGCUCUCCACGGCUCUAGAUCCAGAAACAAAUACUGUUCGCUACAGAGACUACAUUUCAAUGAUGAUAGUAGAUGAAAGUUAA